GAGUUAUCGAGAUACAGAGAUCGAUAGCUCCACGAUGAAGUUUCCUCUGAAGCCAUUGAUCGUGAUAUAGACGCCGAAUCGAUCAUACACACAGAGCUGGCCCGUUUUUGCCCGGGCAAAGGGCUGGCCACGAUGGCUGCUAGCAGGACACAGCCUCCCGAUGAAGACAACGCCAUGACCCGCCAACAACGCUCCCACCGCGCCCAUCAGGAAUUCAUUUGCCUUGGCAUGCUUAAGAACAUUGUCGAACGGCGCGGCAUCGACUUCGUCACCGUCGAUGACCUUCGUUGCCUCGAAGCCGUCCUCAUCUCCUCACUCCGAUUCGACGACCACACCAACGUGCCCCCAGAAUUCCAGCAUAGCCCCGCGGGUAGGGAAGCCGAUCAAUUUCGAGCCAUCAUCUUCGGUCUACCGUGGCCGCUUAGAAAGGAGCUGGUGGAGUUCUUCGAUUCCGAACCGCUAGAGCACAAUCCGUACGUAGAGCGCUUCCGGCGCGGGCUGGAGAACGGGAACAUGCGGUCGACCGGAGCUAGAGCGUCGUCCAUGUUCAUCGAUCCGCAGACGGGGAGGCUGAGGGUGAGGCAGAGACCGGAGAUUCGCGUUCAUCGGGGAGAAACGCAGGUCUGAUAAUCGCCAGGAGCUUUUUUAUUUUUAUUUAUUUACUUUUUUUUCUGGUCACACCUCUCUCGCAUUUCUCUAAAAGAAGACCCCAAGAUGAAUUGUUUAAAUAUCCCUCC